AUGACUAAACGUCGACCAGAAAGUUACAAAUUAUACUUGGAACCAGGUUCCAAUGAAUCAGUACCUUUAUCUUCACUUUACAAAUACAAACGAGAAAAGAAGCAGAGGCUUAAAGAAUAUGAAUACAAAUAUCCUGAAUGUGAUGAGGAAAUGGUGUUUGAAGAUGAAGCUAACGUAAGGGAAGACAAAACUAAUGAAUUAAUUAUAUCUGAUCAGGCUAUGGAGGAAUUCUUUGAUUCUAUGAAUACUUCCACAACUGAUACGGAAAAUAUUAUGAAGAUGGAUAUUGAAAAUGAGAGACUAUGCAAUAUGGAUAGGCAAGAGUUUUCUGCAAUUCUGGAAUCUUUACGUGAAGAUCUGGAAAACGAAGAAAAUGAUGUUAAGCAAAAUUAA